UUCAUCCUAAAUUUCAAAUUUUGAGGUCUGCAGUCUUUUUUUCUUAAACUUGUUGUCAGAAGUAAAUCAUUUUUUUUUCAAUGUCGACCUAUAUCUCUGGUUCAUCCGUUCCAAUUUGAUUAAAUCAACUUUUUUCUCUGUCAAGUUUCAGUGUUGCCCCAAUCAUUCAAGCUACAAAUUCUGAAAUCUUCAUAUUUAGAGCACUCUGCAUUCUUCGUCAAAGCUGCACUUUAUACUUCAAAAUGGUCAUCUUCAAGGAGACUACAUCUUCUACCUCGACAAAUCUUCAUAUCUUGGACAAUGAAGCUUCAAACGUGGAGGAGGGUACUACACUUGCGGUCUACACACCCAUCAUCGGUCGUCAUGCCCCCACUUGGUCUUCUUCAAAUGAUGGUCUUCAUCUUUCUUCUUGGAGUCUAGAGACGGCGCGAGACACUUAUGGUUGCGACAAUGCUAUCAUCAAAUCUUCAAGGGUCACAUUGUUACAAUCUUCUCUUCAUAAGACUUCAUCUUCACAUGACGUGUUACCACUUCUAAGGCAUCGCAUCCAAAAUGGAGAGCUAUCAUGGGGGUCAUCUUCUUCAUUCUUCGUUGGAGCUACUUACACCGAAUGCUAUUGGGAAUGGGCGGAGGAUGUAUUAGCAAGCAACGAGCACAAUUUGACUUCAUCUCAUCUAUAUGCGCCUAUCUUUGCUUCACUCUUCACUUAUGAUUUCAAGGAGAAUGUCAUGCGUGGAUUUUGUGAGCAUUGGGAUUUUUCUACAAACACACUUUGUACUGCUAAAGGAGAAGAAUCUAUCUCUUUGUGGGACUUGAAGAUGCUUGGCGGUCUUUCGAUAGAUGGUUCCUUUUAUGAUGAAGUCAUCCCAUCUGCAAAUGAAUUAAAUGGGAUUGAUCGUGAUGGCAAGCCUUCUCUACCCAUAAGCUGCAAGUUCUUAUUUCUCGCUUUUCAUAAAGGCUGCAAGAAAAUGGGUAACCAUUACGAGAUGACCAUCAGCGAUUGGAUCAAAUGUUGGUUUUGUGGCCCUUCAAGAUAUAGAGAGCCUCCAAAAAGAGAUAACAAGAAGAGGAGUGCAAGACCAAGGGAGACCUAUAAUCCUUCUGGUGUUAUUGACAAAUGCCAACGUCGGGCAAAAGGAUGGUACAAGCCAUUCUCUAAUCUUCACGUCAAGGUUAGUGACCGAGAAGAAGUUUACUUGGCCGCCUUCAUAUCUUGUUGGCUUUGUAAAUUUGUGCUUCCCGGAAGAGACGCGGGUUUAAUUCGCCCAAGCACGUUCAAAGUUGCAAGUAUGAUGGCAACUUCUCGUCGUUUUUGCUUGGCAGUUCCAGUUCUAGCAAGUAUUUAUCAUGGUCUGCGAGGAAUUUCGACUGCAUCUGACUUCAAGACUUGUGCAGUUUCUUUUCCCACUCAUUAUGUUUAUGGAUGGCUUGCUCAUCGAUUUGAGACGCAUUUUACUUCCAAUCGCGAACGAGUUCCCUUGAUGACCUCUUAUGCUGGUGAGAGAAUGGCUCGUACUUUUGAAGAUUCGGCCGCCCUUGCUCUAUUUAGAAAUCCGUCGCAGCUCAUUAUUCCUUCUUUCAAUCCUUCAACAAAAAGAACGACAUUAACUGAUGAUAAAGACUUGUCCCUUGGUUAUUGGGAGUACCUUGCUAGUCUUAGAUCGAGUUAUUUGGUUGCACGCCUUAAUCAUGUCUACAUAUAUGAACCAUACAGUCCUCAUCGAUUCAGCAGACAAUUCGGAUUUUGCCAAGACAUUCCCGGUGAUCUUAAACAACACUUGGAGGGCUUGAAUUUGGAUCAAAUAGUUCGUCUUUGGCAAUCUUGCACUAGAUCUUCGACUCUAGCAAGAAUAAAGCUCCAUAUGGUUCCUGAUGAUGGGAAAACUUUUGUCACCAAAGAUUACUUUGAUUGGUGGUCUAGAAAAUGGCUAAAGACACCAGUAAAAGAAUCAAGGCUAGUCAUCAAAUUGAAAACCAAGAAUGCAGGAGAUAAGAUUUCUGAAGACGCCACCAAUGAAAUUAUUGAUGUUACGUCUACUUGUGCACCGAUAGGAGCAACAAAGAAGCGCACAACACAAGCAAGGGCUUAUGAAGUUUCUUCUGGAAGUCGAGCAGAAAAGAGGACUCCUUCAAAGAAUAAUGAUUCUACUCAUACAUUUGAGGAUGGCAUCAAGGACAUGGAUCAAGACCGUCUGGAUUUCGAAGGAACUGAUCAAGAUGACUCUGACCGGCAUUGGAAUAGGCAAAAGAAGACUAAGUUGUGGAUUCCUGGGGAUCCUAAGGAUUUUGGUAGCAUCCCAAGUGGUUCAUUUCCGCAAUGCGACAAAUUGCUUGAUCUCCAUGAUCUAAACUUUGAAAGCAAUUGUGAAGAAUAUGGAGACAUAGAAGACACAGCACUCAGCUCUGAAUCUUUCAAGUUGGUGGCUAGAGCAUUAGAAGAUGGUCAUCAAACAAACUUCAUACAACCCUCACAUGCGAUUCUAGUUGAUGACACUACUCCUUUAGAGGAGAAUGCUUUGGAACAACAAAAGGAGGUCGCGCCAAAGGAUAAGCGUAACGCUUUUGAGAAGACUCAACUAUGUGGUGCUGACAUGUUUCUUUGCUUUGAACGUCAAGUAGCCACUUUAUCUUGGGAAGCGCUACAAAAGAGACUCAUUACUACGCCUUUAUCAGAGAUUCCUUCAAUGGCCGAAGCUAUAUCUACUUUUCUUGAUAUGAUGAAGAAGUAUGAUAGUCUUGACACAUUGAUUCUAAAAGAACGCCUCAAUAGUCUUCUUCAAAAUAUUAGAGAAGUAAACAAGAAGAAAUCUGAACUUCAUUCUAGCAUGUCAGUGAUUGUUCGAGAUAAAGAACUUGAGAGGCUUCAAGGAAAACUGGAUGCUUUUAUCGAAGUUGAGAAUGAAGCUGCCAAUGAUCGUUCCACUUUGCAAACCAGGAUUGAUGAAGCCAAAGAGGAACUGAAAAAGCUCGAGUCGUCCUUAGAGGUGGUCGAGAAGAAGAUUCAAGAUGAUCAAGAAAAUGCUUCGAAGACCCGUGAUGAGAUUUCCCAUGUUGAGGUUGCUUCAGUUCAUGAUCCAAAUGAUGAAGCUAAGCUACAAGAGCUUGAAAGCUUAUUGGAAGCAAACUUUGAUGAUUUUAACCAUUUUCAAUGGUCACCUUAGAUCUUAUUCUUUUGUUUUUGUCAUUUGAUGCAUUUCCUUUAUUUUGUCUUAUGUUUAUGUAAUAAGACUCCUUUGAUCAUUUAAUAAGACUUAUAUUUCCUUCUUCA